AUGGCGACCAUUGCGAGGCCAAUCGAACGCCUGCCGGUCAGGAAGUCGAAUGGCGACCAGAAAGAGGCGAUGAAUUGCAAGAGCUGUCGGAAGCGAAAGAUCAAGUGCAAUCGCUCGACACCAAGUUGCGAAGCAUGCCAGGUCUUCAACUGUCCUUGCAUUUAUGACGCCAUACCAAAGAAACGAGGGCCCAAGACCGACGUAUUGGAGGCCUUACUCAAGCGCGUUAAUGGACUUGAGAAACGUCUGAAAGAUGAGCAAAAGGGCGAUUCUACCCAAGACGCGACUUCAACUAGUCCGCAAAGCGACAAGCAGAUUUCUGAGAGAGGCGAGGAGGCAGAAGUGGCGAGGACUUCACCAGGUGUGCACGACUUCGACUUUGCGGAGCUGAGGCCAGUGAGGUCAGCCCCGAUGCCCAUCGAGCCAGCGCCUCCAGCAGCACCAGCUCGAGAAGCAAUGGCGUUCACUGAUGCCCUGCUCGACACCUAUUUCGCUCGACUGCACAACAAACCAUAUUACAUCCUCGAUGAGACAGCCACACGACAGCGCCUCCGCGACGGAAGGCUUCCUGUGUUCCUCAUCAACGCGAUACACGCAGUGGCAAUUCGAUAUGUGCCUCAUCUAUGCGGUGGCCACAGCGGAGCUGUCCGCUCAAGCCAGGACUAUGUGCAUCGGGCACGAGCACAAAUCGACGUGGACGAGCCCAAUAUUGACAACCUGCAGGCACUGUUGCUCCUGGCAAUGGCCAACUUCCAGAACGGCCGAGGCAAGAGAUGCUACAUGGUGCUCACACACGCCGUCAGCAUGGCGUUUGCACUAAACCUUCACCGCGAAUUGCCAGCAGAGCUCCGCAUUGCGUCCUCGGAGCGAGAGGGCCGCAGAAAACUGUUCUGGACAUGCUAUCUAAUGGAUCGCUUCACAGUCAGCGGCUCGAAGCGACCCUCACUCAUUGCCGACGAAUCCAUCUACCUGAGACUGCCGGCUUGGCGACCCCAAGGAUCUCAGGUCCUCGUGGACGGCAAUUUCUUUCCAAGCGCGGGACAGGGCCUGGGUGUCUCUAAUGCUGCCCAAGGUAGCGGUGCUAUGCUCAUUGAAAUUGUCCGCGUGCUUGGGAUCACCAAUCGAUACCUUGCCGCUGGCGGUGUGAAGGGUGAUUCGCACUUCCCUUGGCAUGCACAGUCGACUUUGUCCAGGAUUCGAUCCGACUUGGAUUACUGGGCUGCAGCUACGCAGGAUAUCUUCACAUCCAUCGAUACCUUGUUUGGAUCACAUGAUAGCUCGACGCUUGUGCUGAGCAAGCUGAUCUACCAUCUUGUACACUGUCUCAUCUAUCGGCCGUUCCUACCUAUCGAUCUGGCAGAGCUCUCUGGAACAGGUCAACAUCAAUCAUGGCAGAUCGAAGCGACAAAUUUGUGCUUCAUGCAUGCCAACGCCAUAGCUGAGCUGGUCGAAAUAGGCAAGAACACCGCCCUCCUCGACUGGCCGUCCUUUGUCGGCUAUGCAGUCUGCACAGCAGGCACGAUCCACGUCCAUGGUGUCCACUACUUGUCGUACCGGGAGGGAGAUGCCUUCAGCCAUAGUGCAGAGUUCUUACAUCGAGCUAUGUUGCAGCUCACUGAACUGCGAUCCACCUGGGCGGGCGUGCAGCAUCAACGGGAUACUUUACAAGCAGUCUAUGCCAGCCAUGCACAGCUUGUAAAAUCCUUGGCGAGCAGCCCGAUGCGCUUCUCUCCGGUCUUCCAGAUGGAGGAUUUCUUUGACAGAUACCCAGGAUGCUAUAUCGAUGGGGCCCAUGUCAGCUUCUCCGACAUCAUCAUUGACACUGGCAUGAACGAAGGAAUGCUUCGAGAGGCCAAUAAUCUCUGGAGUCCGGAGGCAUGUCUGUCUGCAGUGCAGACUCAGCCCGCACCUCAGAAUAAUGGCCCCAUCCGGAAGCCAAAGAAGCGAAGAGCGACAGCACCCAACCUACCAUACCCAACACCACCAAAGCAAGCUAUGUUGACACAACCAAAUCAACAACAACCUGCGUUGCCGAGUGUGCCCGAGCUUGCAGUCAUCGACGAACAGCCCGUUGGCAACGAACCAGACGAGGUACAAGAGCAGCAGAACCCCAUGCUCUUCGACGGAGAGACGUUCCCGCCAAAUCUUACUUUCAGUCCCAUACCAUCCGCAAUCAGCAUGCCGAAUCCAAUAGGCUUUGAUCCCUAUCAAGGUCGUGUGCUGGACCAGACGACUCCAGGCAGCUUCAACGGAAGCGCUGAAUCGGCUCAUACAGAAGUCGAAAGCGAUCCUUUCUUGAGCUUGUUGGAGCAGUUGGCUGAGAAUGAUGCGACGACUGCAUUUGGAGGUCAUGGAGACUUUGACUUCUAUAUGGGUGUUCAGACAUGA